GUUGGCGAGCAAAUGCCUGCCCCUCUCCCCACACGAGCGAGCGAGGAGCAGGAAAAGGAGGCAAUGGGGAGCCUGACGAUCGGUGCCAAGUACAGGACCACGCUCAGGGACCCCGGCACCAGCGGCGUCCUCAACAUGAGUGAAGAUAAGUUCACAUUUACCCCUCAUGAUACAUGCUCACUAAUGGUGCUCAAUGUCGAUUUCCGAAGCAUCAAAGGUCACAAGUUCAACAGAGUAGAUGGUAGCAAACCAACACAACCUUUACUAAAUCUUUUACAUAACUCUGAUAAGGGGGGAGGCUAUAUUUUUGAGUUUGACAAUGUUGGUGACCGUGAGUUGUGUCGUGACUUUGUAGCUAGGGUUUUUGCCGAAAUGGAGCGGCGAAUAAGAUUGCUUCGAGAAGACAGAGAAUGUGAACUGCGGAAGUUACAUAAGAAGUUUGUUGUUUCCAGUAUUCUGCAAGAGUCUGAAUUUUGGGCGAUUAGAAAGAAUUUACUUGACGAUGAAGCAAAUAAAGCAUUGAAACAAAAGCCAGGUGUCAAAAAUGUGAUGGUAGCUGAUGUUAGGCCAUCAGCCAAUGGACAGAUUUUUUCGGAAAAGCCAGCCGUGCAUCAGGCAUUUUUGGAUUAUGUCCCAAAGAAGUUGUCAGAACAGGAUUUUUGGACAAAAUAUUGUAGAGCUGAGUAUCUACUUAGGGCAAAAUGUACAUUAAGGGCAAAAGCUGAGGCUGCCGGAGAUGAGGAAUUAGCUAUGUUCUUAAAAAAUGAUGAUAUACUUUCCAAGGAGGCAAAGCUCAAGAUAAAACGAGUUGAUCCAGUAUUUGACAUGGAAGUAGAUGCAGGAGAUGACUACAUCCAUCUCCCGGAUCAUGGGAUUCUCUGUGAUGGCACCAAAGAGACAACUGAUACUGAUAUUGAAUUGGCUAGGAGAACACUUUCUCAGGAUCUGAAUCGGCAUGCUGCUGUCGUUCUUGAGGGGAGAUCAACAGAUAUCAAAUCAGCUGAUACGAAGACUGUUGCUGAAGCACUUGCAAGGUCUAGGAAGGAAAGACCUUUUAGUUCUGUUGCUGAUGAUGCUAGUCAUGAGAGAUCGGUUAAGAUGGCCCGCAUGACUGAGAUAGAGGACCUGCAAGUUCCAAGAAGUAUACCAUAUGCAACACUUUGUAUAAAGGAUCCUCGAGAAUUUUUCGAUUCUCAGCAAGCAAAUGCCCUGAGAUCUUUAGGUGAGAACAAUGGUGUAAGAAAGGCUCACAGCUGCAGCCUGAGCACCGAUGAUGCAUUCCGUCAUUUGAUGGAUCAAAUAUCUUCUGCGAAAUUGAACUGUCUGAUUGUUCAAUCAGAUUUGGCUCCUAAGGUUCUUAAUGAAUUGAAUGAAGGAAUUUCACGAUCACGAAGGCUUAGUCUUAAGAAUCUCCAAGACAGUCUCCUUGGUCGUCUUCCACGCCGAACACGAGAUGAACUUAUGGACCAUUGGAUGGCUAUCCAGGAGUUGCUGCACCAUUUUUGGUCAUCGUACCCAAUAACAACUGCAGCCCUUAGAAAUAAGGUUCAAAGGGUUCUAGGUGCAAUGACACAGAUAUAUCAAACGUUGCAGGAUAUAAAGGAAUCAGCACUGCCUGAUGUAAGACACGAGAUAUCUCGACUUGUAAAGCCCAUGACCCAGGCUCUGGAUGCUGCCUUCGACCAUGAUCUAGACCAGCAGCAGAAAUCUUCAAAGCCUGGGAACAGCCCCAGCGGGUUUUGAACAGAAAGCUUCACCCGUGAGCGUGAGGAGUUAAGACGAUUACUGCCGGAGCUUGACAGCUGCCACGCCUCAUCUCUAGCCGGCAAUGCUCUCCCCGUCUAGAAGCACUCCUGUAGGCUUGAUUUUUGCCCUGUAUUUUUGUUUACACGUUCAGCAAAACUCUUCAGCAGUCGUACGUGCGUAUGCUCUAUGCUGUACCUAGUGUUUCCCAAAAGAGUUCGACAAUAGCUUGCCUCAGUAUAUACAAAUGUCUUUUGAGUGUGUA